AUGUCAUCAUAUCAUAACAGAAAACAUUCCAAUAACUCAAUUUCUAGUAGUAAUAUAAGCUUCUAAAACAUUUAAUUUAGAUGGCUAAGUCCAUGAGCUACUGUGUUGUUCUUGCUCUCCUAGCACUUGCAGUUGUUCCUCUAUGCUUUUCUUCCAAAACCCAACAAGGUGGUUAUCUUUACCCUCAGUACUACGAUCACUCGUGCCCCCAAGUCCAACAGAUUGUUAAGUCUGUUGUUGCCCAGGCGGUUGCUAGGGAACGUCGUAUGGCUGCUUCCUUGCUGAGGCUCCAUUUCCACGAUUGCUUUGUUAAGGGAUGUGAUGGAUCAGUACUGUUAGACACCAGUGGAAGCAUAGUCUCAGAGAAGGGAUCAAAGCCUAAUAAGAAGUCGAUUCGAGGGUUUGAGGUCAUCGAUGAGAUCAAAGCCGCAGUGGAGAGAGCAUGUCCCCAUACUGUCUCAUGUGCUGAUAUCCUUGCUAUAACUGCUAGAGAUGCAACUGUCAUUGCUGGUGGACCAAAUUGGGAAGUGCCCUUGGGAAGAAGGGAUGCUAGAGGAGCAAGUUUGCAGGGAUCUAACAACGAAAUUCCUGCUCCUAACAACACAUUUAACACCAUUCUUACCAAGUUUAAACGCCAAGGCCUCAAACUAGUCGAUCUUGUUGCUCUCUCAGGUGCUCACACAAUAGGUAAUGCAAGGUGUGUUAGCUUCAGGCAAAGGCUGUACAACCAGAAUCGAAAUGGGCAACCUGAUGUUACACUAGACCGGGUAUAUGCUUCGCAGUUGCGCAACCAAUGCCCACGAUCCGGUGGUGACCAAAACCUAUUCUUCUUAGACCAUGUAUCACCCUUCAGCUUUGACAACAGCUACUACAGGAACAUAUUGGCUAACAAGGGACUGUUGAAUUCUGACCAAGUUUUGUUGACCAAGAAUAAAAAGUCAAUGAAAUUAGUCAAGCAAUAUGCUGAGAACAUGGAGCUUUUCUUUAAUCAUUUUGCAAAAUCCAUGGUUAAAAUGGGUAACAUUUCUCCAUUGACAGGACCUAAAGGAGAGAUCAGGCAGAAUUGCAGAAGGAUUAAUUCCUACUAAGAAUUUUAAACAGGACAAAGUCCUCUGUAUUUUUAUUUUUAUUGGUUUUUUUCUGUAUUGUUAUUUAAGUUGAAAAUUUAUGUAAUUUAUUCUGUUCUUUUUACCUGUACAAGGAAAUUCAUAACAUGUAUGUAUGAAGCAGAAUGAUCGCCGCCUGUGGCAAGCUUCAAAAGAAAUUUGUAUAUCAGUCUUUCCAAGUGAAAUAAAUUGAUUUGUUUCUUACUUUA